AGUUUGGGAUCGUAAUUUCAGUUAUAAAUCAACCCUCAUUUCUGAGGCUGAGGAUAGCCCAAAGAAGAGUAUGUUGUGAUUACGCUGGAGAGGAAAAUAGGAAAUGUCCAUGGCAUUGUUUUCUCCUUCUCCUCCUUCUCAUCUCCCUGGAGUCUCUUAUAAACUUUCUUCAAGAACAACCCAUUUUUCUCAGAAGUCUUGUCUUUCUCUGAUAUCCAAGAGAAAUCCGUGUUUGUUAUCUGCAAGGGCAUUGGAUAAUGGAGCUGGACUAGUGGGUUCUGCUGCUACUGUAGAGGAGGAGAAAGUAGAAAAGGAGGAAGUUUCUCCCGCCAAACCUGAGAAGAAGUUGCAGAUAGAAGAGGUCUCUGUUGGGUCUAAUGGGGCGGCCUCGUCGGUGGCGAAGGCUGUGCCCAGGUUCCAAGACCCUAGAUGGCUCGGAGGGACUUGGGAUUUGAAGCAGUUUCAGAAAGAUGGAAAGACCAACUGGGACGCCGUUAUUGAUGCAGAGGUCAGGAGACGGAAAUGGCUUGAAGAAAAUCCAGAAUCAUCUAAUAAUGAUGAUCCUGUAGUCUUUGAUACCUCCAUUAUUCCCUGGUGGGCAUGGAUGAAAAGAUUCCAUCUUCCUGAAGCUGAGCUACUCAAUGGUCGUGCUGCGAUGAUAGGGUUCUUCAUGGCUUAUUUUGUGGAUAGCUUGACUGGGGUAGGUCUUGUCGAUCAGAUGGGGAACUUUUUCUGCAAAACUCUCUUAUUUGUAGCUGUAGCUGGAGUUCUUCUAAUCAGGAAGAAUGAGGAUUUAGAAACUUUGAAAAAACUUAUAGAAGAAACAACAUUCUAUGAUAAGCAGUGGCAAGCAACAUGGCAGGAUGAGAAUGCCAGUGAUUCCAAGAAAGACUAAGUGGGAUUUCUGUGGCUCCAUCCUCUCAACUUCUUAUAGUUGUUUCCUUGUGGUAUAUUGUACAACUGCAAUUUCUCUUAGGGUUUAUGAAGAGAAUUAUGAUCCGAAUCUGAGAUUAAGUUUUGGUUUCCUCCAUUGAACUCUUAAGUAUUCCUUCGACAUUGUUAUAGUUAUCUUUUUAUGAGAGAUAAAGUUGGAUGUUUCUUUUUUUUGUAUGUAAUUGAAUGCAAGAGUUUCUUCGUAGGGAUACCUAAGUAGUUGGUUGGAACUAAACAAAACAAAGUUGGUAUUGUAAAAUGAUUCUUUUAAAGCUGUUAUCUCAUAUUGAUGAGGUUUACAGCAGGGACAAUUUUUGAUUGCAGUUGAA